GUUCAGACAGUGGGAAUGGAUUCACUCAGUCAUCUCAACUGAAGGUACAUCAGCAAGUUCACACUGGACAAGGCCAUUUUCCUGUUUUGUGUGUAAUAAAGAAUUCAGUUGGUUUUCCCACCUGUGGACACACCAGUCAGUUCACACCACACCGAGCAGAUGUUGUUCAUCUGCUGAAUUUAUGGGAAAGUAUUCACUCGGUCAUCUGACCUAAUGGCUCACCAGCGAGUUCACACCAAGGAGCGGCUGUUCACCUGCUCCAUCUGUGAGAAGAGAUUCAGUAACUCUUCAACCCUAUGGAAACACCAGCGAAUUCACAAUGGGGAGAAGCCGUUCCCCUGCGCAGUCUGUGGGAAGAGAUUCAUUGACUCAUCCAGCCGACAGAAACAUCAGCGAGUUCAUACCGGGGAGAAGCCGUUCACCUGCUCAGAAUGUGGGAAACGAUUCACUCAGUCAUCCCACCUUCAGAGUCAUCAGCGAGUUCACACUGGGAAGAAGCCAUUCACCUGCUCAGAAUGUGGGAAACGAUUCACUCGGUCAUUCUACCUACUUGAACACCUGCGAGUUCACACUGGGGAGAGGCCAUUCACCUGCUCAGACUGUGGGAAGGGAUUCACUCAGUUAUCCAACCUACAGAGUCAUCAGCGAGUUCACACUGGGGAGAAGCCGUUCACCUGCUCAGUCUGUGGGAAAAGAUUCACACAGUCAUCUCACCUACAGAGACAUCAGCGAGUUCAUACUGGGGAGAAGCCGUUCACCUGCUCAGUCUGUGGGAAGAGAUUCACUCAGUCAUCUCAUCUGCAGAGACAUGAGCGAGUUCACACUGGGGAGAAGCCAUCCACCUGCUCAGUCUGUGGGAAGAGAUUCAUUUAUUUAUCCCACCUGCAGAUACAUCAGCGAGUCCACAGUGGAGAGAAGCCGUUCACCUGCUUGGUCUGUGGGAAGAGACUCACUCAUUUAUCCAGCUUACAGAUUCAUCAGCGAGCUCACACUGGGGAGAGGCCAUUCACUUGCUCAGUCUGUGGGAAGGGAUUCACUCGGUCAUCCACCCUACAGAGUCAUCAGCGAGUUCACACUGGGGAGAAGCCAUUCACCUGCUCAGAAUGUGGGAAGAGAUUCACUCAGUCAUCCACUCUACAGAGACAUCAGCGAGUUCACUCUGGGGAGAAGCCAUUCAGCUGCUCAGAAUGUGGGAAAGGAUACACUCAGUCAUCCGAACUACUGGCACACCAGUCAGUUCACAAUGGGGAGGAGCCGUUGUUAUGAAUCCCUAAGUUUUGUUUGUUGUGGACUGUCAUUUUAAGUGAGAGGGAUUGAUUAUAAGGCGUAUCAGUCUGACUUGCAGCUUGUUUAGUUUUCUUUCUUUGUC